AUGGCAACGGAGGCGUCCACCUCCGCGGCGGGCGGGAGCUGGGUAGAGGGGAUGUCCGCGGACAACAUCAAGGGGCUGGUGCUCGCGCUCUCCUCCAGCUUCUUCAUCGGGGCCAGCUUCAUCGUCAAGAAGAAGGGGCUCAAGAAGGCCGGUGCGUCUGGCGUCCGCGCAGGUGUUGGUGGUUACUCUUACUUGUACGAACCAUUAUGGUGGGCAGGAAUGAUUACAAUGAUUGUUGGAGAAGUGGCUAACUUUGCAGCAUAUGCUUUUGCUCCUGCUAUCUUGGUCACACCACUUGGUGCACUUAGCAUCAUAAUUAGUGCUGCUCUUGCAGACAUUAUGUUGAAGGAAAAGCUGCAUAUAUUUGGUAUACUUGGGUGUGUUCUUUGUGCUGUGGGUUCAACAACUAUUGUACUUCAUGCCCCUCAGGAGCGCGCAAUUGAAUCUGUAGCAGAAGUGUGGGAUCUUGCUACUGAGCCAGCCUUUCUAUCUUAUGCUGUCAUCGUUCUUGCUGCAACUUUUGUCCUCAUAUACUACUUUAUUCCACAAUAUGGUCAGACACACAUCAUGGUCUAUAUUGGUGUUUGUUCCCUUGUAGGAUCUCUGUCGGUCAUGAGUGUGAAAGCUCUUGGAAUAGCCUUGAAACUGACCUUUUCUGGCAUGAACCAGCUAAUUUAUCCGCAAACAUGGUUGUUCACCAUUGUUGUUGUUGCAUGUAUAGUAACACAGAUGAACUAUCUGAACAAGGCUCUUGACACUUUCAACACAGCAGUUGUAUCACCGAUAUAUUAUACGAUGUUCACGUCACUAACCAUUUUGGCUAGUGUGAUAAUGUUCAAGGACUGGGAUCGUCAAAAUCCAACUCAAAUUGUAACAGAGAUGUGUGGUUUUGUUACCAUUCUUUCAGGGACAUUUCUUCUCCACAAGACAAAAGACAUGGUUGAUGGUCUCCCACCAACUCUACCUGUCCGGAUUCCUAAACAUGCGUACGACGCUUCUGAAGGAAUUCCUCUUAGAUCUACUGCUGAAGGCAUCCCACUUAGAUCACCAAGGGCAACAGAAUCAUUUCGAUCAACGCUAUAA